ACAGGUCGACAAAACGCCCGAGUCAGGCAGACGGCGACCGACCGACCGGUUGUCGGGGGCGCAACUAGUCCGAGUGACGUGGAAGUCUUGCCGACUCGGUCGUGGGUACUCCAUAACUGGGCUUCACAAAGCCGUGGCCGACAGGAGAGCACAGAAGAGCCCCAAAAUCCGGGUCAAAUUCGCCAGGUUGGUAGCCAUAACGCCUGGAUGUGGGUACACAAUCGUGACGGUUGUCAGGACCAGGUUUCCACAGCCACUGUUGCCGGGACGAGCUGGCCUGGGAGAAUCGAUCAAUCCAGUUGGGAGUUUGCUGCUGUUCUGGCCAGUAAUGGCAUAGCACAGUUCCAACGUUGCUAUGACGUGGUGCACGUGGAGAUGGAGAGUACUAAUGUAAUGCAAAUAUACCAUUUGGCAUUGUCGUCAAGACGCUGGGCAGGCGGGCGAUUGGCAGUUGCCCGGCCGCCGGUUCACCAGCAAAAGGACUCACGUCUCACGGUCGGCUCUGCAUCGGGCCCGGGAGUGGGCGAAAAUGGGAAAAAGAAACACAGUCAGACUGCUUUUUGCAUGGAAGAUUGUCACCCUUUUUUUUCGUAUGAAAUCUUUGCUGUACAUUUGACCAAUUGCCCCACAUUUGUCGGCCAGAACAGGUGUCUCUUCUGGCCGGAAUCAAUCUAA